CGUUUCAAUGGCUUUUGACCUCUGGGUAAAAACAAGCCGAUCAGCUGCAACAACAUCUCUGACGAGAUGCUGAUACAACAGCUUUGCUCAGCCGGCUGGUUAGCUAUGCGGCGGUUGGUAAAAUGGUCCUAGAUUAUAAUUCCUGGGGUUAGGUCUCGUCGGGACAUCGUUUUUAGAAAAAAAACUCGUCUGUUGGACGGGAAGCCACCGUUAGGUUUAACAUGAGUGGUCAGAGUCCAGCAGUGGACAAAGGGAUGAACACGGUCCUCGUCUGCCAGGAGAGCUACGCCUGCGGAGGCUCGGAUGAGGCUUAUUUUGAGUGUGACGAAUGCGGCAGCUUGCAGUGCGUCCGCUGUGAGCUGGAGCUUCAUCGCCAGGAGCGCAUGAGAAAUCACGACCGGGUUCGGAUCACGCCAGGCCAUGUUCCUUUCUGUGACUCCUGUAAAGGGGAUGGCGGCUGUGCCGUCAGACUCCGAGCAGUGGUGCGCUGCCAGGGUUGUAAGAUCAACCUAUGUGUGGACUGCCAGAAGCGCACUCACAGUGGAGUCAACAAGAGGAAGCACCCUCUGACAGCUUAUCCGCCUGUCAAAGCUCCUCAGGAGAGCAGCGUGACUGCUGGGGAGUCGGAGAUGGAGAUCCUCAAAUCCAAGCUGGAGAAGGUCUGCAGCUUCCUGUUAGUUGAUGAGAGGGAGGAGAUGAAGGUGAAAGACGAGGAGGAAUUUGUCGACAGACUGGCCUGUGAUCCUGAUGAGCUUCUCAAGGUGGUCUCUAUAUUUGGCAACACUGGGGAAGGCAAAUCUCACACCCUGAACCACACCUUCUUUCUUGGAAGGGAAGUGUUCAAGACCUCCCCCACCCAAGAGUCAUGCACUGUGGGUGUUUGGGCAGCUUUGGACCCUUUGCACAGGGUCGUCAUCAUCGACACAGAAGGCUUACUUGGGGCUGGAGCUAAUCAGGGUCAGCGAACACGGCUGCUCCUCAAGGUCCUGGCCAUCUCUGAUGUGGUUAUCUAUCGGACGCAUGCCGACCGUCUCCAUGACGAUCUCUUCAAGUUCCUGGGUGAUGCAUCGGACGCCUACCUGAAGCAUUUUACACGGGAGCUGAAAGCGACCACCACCCGGUGUGGACUAGACGUUCCGUUGUCGACUCUGGGCCCAGCAGUUAUCAUUUUCCAUGAAACCGUUCACACCAAACUCCUGGGAUCAGACAAACCAUCGGAAUCGUCCGAACGUCUGCUCCAGGAGCGUUUCAGGAAACUCGGCUUGUUUCCCGAAGCUUUCAGCUCAGUCCAGUACCGCGGAACUCGGACCUACAACCCUCCUACAGACUUCAGCGGUUUGCUGCGCAGCCUGGAGCACCAACUGGAUAACAACACCACCCGAUCACCACGUUCUGCGAGCGUCAUCUUUAAGGCGCUGCAGGCCUUGAGUGAGAGCUUCAGUGGAGACAUUCCAGAUGAACAUUUGACCAGUAACGCCUUCUUUCCUGAUGAGUACUUCACCUGCUCCAGCAUCUGUCUCAGCUGUGGGUCGGGCUGCAAGAGUAGCAUGAAUCACCUAAAAGAAGAGCUCGACCACGAAGCCAAACAUCGCUGCCGCUUCUCUGCGCAGUAUGAUAACCGCAUCUACACAUGCAAGGCCUGCUACGAGGGAGGAAAGGAAGUCAUAGUGGUUCCCAAAACGACAGCCUCCUCGGACUCUCCGUGGUUUGGCUUGGCCAUCUAUGCUUGGUCAGGAUAUGUAAUCGAGUGUCCCAACUGUGGAGUGAUCUACAGAAGCAGGCAGUAUUGGUACGGAAACCAGGAUCCAGUGGAAACAGUGGUCAGGACAGAGAUCCAGCACAUCUGGCCAGGGUCGGAUGGCUUUUUGAAAGACAACAACAAUGCUGCUCAGAGGUUGCUGGACGGCGUCAAAUACAUUUCUCAGUCCGUGUCUGAGCUCAGUGUCAAACCUGCCAAAGCCGUCACCUCCUGGAUCACAGACCAGAUCGCCCCCACAUACUGGACACCCAACUCGCUUAUCCUGAAUUGUCAUAAAUGUGGGGAGGAGUUUCAGCUCAAUGGCACCAAGCACCACUGCCGGGCCUGUGGAGAGGGUUUCUGUGACACCUGCUCUUCUAAAACCCGUCCGGUCCCAGAAAGGGGGUGGGGCCUUGCACCUGUUCGAGUCUGUGAUGCCUGUUUCCACAACAGGGGAAUUCCUACAGAGUUACUGGAUGCUGCAUUAGAGGAGGAGGGAGGCACCCUGAUAGCCAGGAAGGUUGGGGAGGCAGUUCAGAACACAUUUGGUGCUGUGGUCGGUGCCAUUGACAUACCGCUUGGCCUGGUAAAGGACGCAGCUCGCCCAGCCUACUGGGUCCCAGAUCAGGACAUCCACUCCUGCUGCACGUGCCAAAGGGAGUUCGCUCCACGUCUCUCCAUCCACCACUGUCGCGCCUGUGGCCAGGGCGUGUGUGACGACUGCUCGCAGGAACGCCGCCCUGUCCCAUCCCGAGGCUGGGACCACCCGGUGCGGGUCUGCGACGGCUGCAGCCAGAAAUCUGGAGAGCUCUAGCAGGACAGGAAGCAGGAAUCUGUGUUUAAGACACAAACCCGACACAAACAGACUUUUCUCGCUGGCCUUAUAUAAGUUGGACUAAUGUUUUCAUUUUUUGUAACACCGGUAUCACGUCAUUUCAGUUCCUUGAUCUCAUUUAAUGAGGCUAAAAAACACCCCGUCGAAGCGAGAAUUUUAAAGAGAAAUAAGAAUCCUGCUUGUUCACAGCUAUGUUCAGCUCUAUAAAAUGUGCAUUUAGACACUUAAGUCCUUCCGCUCUUUGACAAUCCCUCUCAGUGGAACAGCUAGCAUCGUCUGUCUUAGUCUAGAACUGUUUAGAUCUUUUAAAAAGGAAAGAUUGACGGGAUGUAAAACGGUUUCUGUUGGAUCUAACGGUCUGAACAAAAAAAAAUCUGAUAUAUUUACGUUUAAUUUUAAACUUAAUGGAUAGAUUUUUUUAGUAGUUUUCCUCUACUUGAGCUAGCACUGCUAGUGCUAACUCAUCUAGUGCUAACUCUGCUAGUGCUAGCUCUGCUAGUGUUAACUCUGCUAGUGCUAGCUCUGCUCGUGUUAACUCUGCUAGAGCUAACUCUGCUAGUGUUAACUCGGCUAGUGCUAGCUCUGCUAGUGCUAACCCUUGUGAUUCUAGAUGGAACAUUCAGAAACUUGUUUACAUCAUUCCAAAUAAGAUAACUAUUUUAUAUAAUAUUACAAUAGUAAAUAAAUAAUGAAUAAUCCCUUUAUCCUUUGUGGCUGUACACUUGAAUAGGCUAAUGAACAGCCUAAUUAGUACAUUUAUGAGGAAAAACAAGUUUAUAAAUUCAAAUGCCUUUUUAAUAUAGAACCUUUUGUCAGGACUUGCUUGUCUGCAUCAGGAUAAAACUCUACAGGACUGUUUUUGAGUGACUGGUUCACAGAAACAUUGUAGGAAAGAAUAUGCAUUGUAUUUGAGGCUGGACCCUCAAAAUGAGAGAGAGUUCAUCAACAAAUCAGGAGGCAUGGCUCAUUUGCAUUUAAUGAGUUAUCAGCUCAGUGUGUCAUGUUGCCAUAUAAGCUUAGUGGGAUUUCACUGUAAGAGUUGGUUUGCUCCAAUCAGAGAUGAUCACUUACUGAUAUCACAUGGAGCCCAUCAUUAACGUGUGUUCAUGUAUCUGUACGUAAUAAACUGCAGAAACUCCUA